CUCUCAUCUGAGCAAAAUAGCAAAAUAGAAUCAUUAUACCUAACAGUUACUGUAUGGCAUCAUGGCCGAAACACCUUUCCCCAACAAACUCCCCCCAUACACCCCGAUGUCGUCUCUGGGUCACGAACUCGGCGUCAUGUUCGGUUUCAUGGCGGCCUGUUUUGUUAUUAUGGCUGUGUACACGUUUAUCUGGCGUGCUGCCCAACGACGAAACGCAGAGAAAGAUCUCGCCCGUCGCAAGAACUUACAAGCUAAAGGGGUGAUGCGACAUCGAGAUGGGAAUCGGGUCCAUGAGAAGAUGGUGGAUCGACAUGCGAUUCCAGCAAAUCGGGCUGAGUUGCCGGUUCAUCAGGCUGGAUAGGAUAUUCAAUAUGUAGUAUGCAGUGUGUUCCUGUUUACAUAAAAUAGCUUUAUUCUUAUAAAUAUAUAUAUUACCAAGU